GUUAUUCCUCCUUGGGAUCGUUCUGGUGUUGCGGAGACUAAUGGCUAUCAUGGCUACUCCGGUUAUUGGUCAGCGUCGGUCCUACGCGGGCGAUCUGUGUACUGUUCGCUAUGUGGGCACUGUAGAGGGCACUACUGGCGACUGGUUGGGCGUCGAAUGGGAUGAUCCGACACGCGGAAAGCAUUCAGGCGAACACAAGGGAGUGAGGUAUUUUACUUGCCAGCGCAAUCACCCCACAGCAGGGUCGUUCGUGCGCCCGUCGCGCCCAGCGGACAAACCGCGCGGACUGGUUGAGGCACUGCGCGAAAAGUACGCCUCGGAGUAUCUCGAGCAGGAGCUGGCUCGGCAGCGCCAGCAGACUGACGAUGUUGUCCUGCACCAGCCCAUCGAGAUCAGCGGCAAGGUCGUUGAGGAGGUCGGGUUCGACAAGAUCCGCAAACAGCUCGCCGAGCUCCAGGAGCUGAAGAUUGUCCUGCUGGAUGGCCUGCGGGUGGCCGGUGUGUUGGGCCACGAGGUUUCCCCGGAGGAAGUCGAGUCUGCAUGUCAGGAAAUCGAGCAGACUUGUCCCAAGAUCACGGAGCUGGACCUGAGCCGGAAUCUGGUGUCGCGCUGGAGCGAAGUGGCGAGGAUCUGCGAGCGACUCAAGCUGCUCAAGUCGUUGAAACUGGGCGGCAACCGAUUCGGGCCGGUUGAGAAAGGCCUCACAUUCUCGAAAAAAAUCACCGAACUAUAUCUCGACGAAACCCUGCUCGCCUGGGACGAGAUCUCCGCCAUCACGCGCCAAUUCCCAGCUCUCACUCUCCUCUCCGCCUCCGCCAACCAACUCUCGACCAUCUCCACCCCUCUCGCGCAAAGCAUCACCCGACUAACCCUCGAAAAUAACACCUUUACCUCCCUCUCCGACCUCCGCCCCCUCACCACCCUCCCCCGCCUCGAACACCUCUCCCUCCGCUCCAACUCCAUCAGCACCAUCGCCGCCACCCCGGAAGACACAAACUCCCUCAGAUUCGCCCCAACCCUGACCUCCCUCGACCUCUCCCGCAAUCAAAUCUCCACCUGGCUCUUCCUCAACCACCUCCCCACCGUCAUUCCAGCCCUCCAAACCCUCCGCAUCUCCGGCAACCCACUCUUCGACGGGCCCAUCGGCCCCACCGCCAUCACCGGCCUCCCCGAGAGACCGAUGACCGUCGACGAAGCCUACAUGCUCACGCUCGCCCGGCUGGCCGGCCUCCGCACCCUCAACUACGGCAUCAUCACGCCCAAGGACCGCCUCAACGGCGAACUGUACUACCUCUCUCUCAUCGCCAAGGAACUCUCCGCCAGCCCGCAGGCCGCCGAGCCGGAGAUCCUGGCCAAGCACCCCCGGUACGCGGAGCUGUGCGAGCUGCACGGCCAGCCGGUGGUCACGCGAGCGAGCGCGGAGGAUGCGGCGGGCAAGGUGGUGAAUCCGCGGUCGGUGGCUGCGCGGUUGGUGCGGUUUGUGUUUUGUCUACGGGAUGCUGGGUCUGCACACGGCAGUAAAGCCGAGGGGCUGCAGGAGGAGGGGGUGGUCAAGGCGAGGGAGAUUCCGAGGUCGUUUGAUACGUACCAGGUCCAGGCGAUUGCGGGUCGGUUGUUUGGGCUCCCGGCGUAUAGACUGAGGUUGGUGUGGGAGACGGAUGAGUUGGAUCCUGUCAGUAGGGAGAAGAUGGAGGAUGAGGAUUGGGAUACUGAGGGCGAGGGCGAGGGCGAGGCGGUGGAGGCACGUCCAGGGGAUGCAGGUGCUGAUAGGGAUCGGUUUGUGAAGAGAGAGGUGGAGUUGGUGGAGUCUACGAAGGAUAUCGGGUUCUGGGUUCAACCCGAUGUGUCGGAGGUGAGGGUUAGGGUUGAGGUGCUGGAUAAGAAUUAAGGGGGCAUGGGGUGCUAGAGCUGUUUUGCAUGUAGACUCUAGACACUGAUUAAGUUAAGGUAUUUGAUAGCUAUAGACUUAAGC